AUGUCCAUAAUGUCCAAUCCAAAAUACGCCGAUUUACCAGGCAUCGCCCAGGACGAACCCGAUAUCUACGAAACAACAGAUUUACCAGAAUCAGAUCAGGCCGAUGUUUUUUACGAACCAGAAAGCGAAGGUAUUCAAAGAAUCCACAUCACUACCGACGAGGCUUACAGUAAAUUCAAAGGCAAGUUCCUCGACUCCUCCGGCGCUGACUUUUCCGACAGCAUCACUAAAAAGAUUAGUAGAGGAUACGAUGCGAGAAGUGGAGAUUGGGAGUUAGCAGGAGCCAGGGAAAAAGAAACUCCAAUACAAAAGUAUCAGAGGCUUCAAUGCGAAAUGAGUGAACUUCUUGAGGAAGUCAACAAUCUCAAUAAAAAUCCAGACACCAACAAACUGGAUUGUCUUGUUCCAACUGAACAAGUGGAACAAUCCCUGAAACUAUUAGCAGAUCUUAAAUUAGAGGAAACUUUAGGUGAAGAACUAAUUGCUAAAAUGUCAGAUCCAGAAGGAGCUCAGCUACAAAAACUUUUGGCACAAUUGCAACAAUUUAAACAAAGCAUCAAUGAAGAACCAGGAUCCCAAAAACCCAAUGAAGCUGAUGGAAUUGUGUAUCAAUUCACUUACAGGCCUGAACAAGCUAAAUUGAAGCAAACAGCUCGUGUAGCUGAUUUGGAAAGCAGGCUGCACAGAUUGGAGUCUGUAAUAGGAGCUUCUUCAGAUAAAUUAUCAAGACUAACUACUGCUACUAAUAAAGGCAGUUUACUAGAGGUUGCACAAUAUUUGAGUGCCACUGCAAGUUUGUUGGAUUCUUCUCAGUUGGAUCAUAUUGAAGGAAGAUUGUCUGCUUUGUCACAAAAAUUGCAAGAAAUUGCCGAUAAGAAGAGUGUGUUGCAGCAUGAUGAAGAAAAGGAUAAAAUGAUUUUGGAACUUUAUGAACAAGUGAAAAAUCAAAAUAUUGAUAAAAUCCUGCCGCAGACUAUUGAGAGAUUGAAAUCUUUAGAAGCUCUGCAUAAUAAGGCAACUGAAUUUUGCAAGACCUUGACACAAAUGGAAUUGGCCCAAUCAGAAAUAAACAGUAAUGUUCAGAAUAAUAAAACUCUAUUGCAAGGAGUUCAAGAGAGUUUUGCAAUGAAUCUUAAUGAAAUUAAUCAAACCGUGAUGAGUUUAGAUGCUAGGAUUAAAGCUUUAAAAGAAAAAUAA